CAGCUCUGCUGGUCUGCGUUCCUGCCCCUCUGCAACCAUGAAGUCCUCCGUGUCUCGGCGGAUGUUCUCCACCAACGGGGGCUUCAGCUCCAGCUCUGCCAGUGGUGGGGGCAGGUCCCAGGCCCACACGAGCUUUAGCUCAGUGACGGUGUCCCAGAGCAGUGGCAGCAGUGAGGGGGCCCGCUGUGGCCCCAGAACGGGUGGCUUUGGCAGCCGGAGCCUCCAUAACUUGGGGGGCAGCAAGAGCAUCUCUGUCAGUGUGGCUGGAGGGGCCUCGUCAGGGCGGGGCCCGGGAGGCUUUGGCCUUGGUGGUGGGGCCUAUAUGGGCCUGGGGGCUGGGAGGCAGACAUUCAGGCCUGCCUGUCCUCCGGGUGGCAUCCAGCAGGUCACUGUCAACCAGAGCCUGCUGACCCCCCUCAACGUGGAGAUAGACCCGGAGAUCCAGCGGGUGCGCACCCAGGAGCGGGAGCAGAUCAAAGUGCUGAACAACAAGUUUGCUUCCUUCAUCGACAAGGUGCGGUUCCUGGAGCAGCAGAACAAGGUGCUGGAGACCAAGUGGGCGCUGCUGCAGGAGCAGGGCCAGAACUCAGGUGUCAUCAGGAACAAUCUGGAGCCCCUCUUUGAGAAUUACAUCAGAAACCUGCAGAGGAACCUGGACAGCCUCCUGAGUGAGCGGGGGAGGCUGGACUCAGAGCUGAGGAAUGUGCGGGAUGUCAUCGAGGACUUCAAGAACAAGUAUGAGGAUGAAAUCAACAAGCGCACUGGUGCGGAGAAUGAGUUUGUGGUGCUCAAGAAGGAUGUGGAUGCCGCAUACAUGGGCCGAAUGGAUUUGCACGGCAGAGUGGGCCUCCUGACCAAGGAGAUUGACUUCCUGAGUCACCUCUAUGAGAUGGAGCUGAGCCAAGUGCAGACUCACGUGUCUGACACCAAUGUCGUCCUCUCCAUGGACAAUAACCGCAGCCUGGAUCUGGACAGCAUCAUCGCCGAGGUCAAGGCCCAGUACGAACUGAUCGCCCAGAAGAGCAGGGCUGAGGCCGAGGCCUUGUACCAGAUCAAGUACGAGGAGUUGCAGGUGACAGCUGGGAAACAUGGGGACAACCUGCGGGACACCAAGAAUGAGAUCUCUGAGCUCACCCGCACUGUCCAGAGGCUGCAGGGGGAGGUGGAUGCAGCCAAGAAGCAGUGCCAGCAGCUGCAGACUGCCAUUGUGGAAGCGGAGCGGUGUGGGGACCUGGCAUUAAAGGAUGCUCAGAAAAAGCUUGGGGACCUGGACACAGCCCUGCACCAGGCCAAGGAGGACCUGGCCCGGCUACUGCGCGACUACCAGGCUCUCAUGAACAUCAAGCUGGCUCUGGACGUGGAGAUCGCCACUUACCGCAAGCUGCUGGAGAGCGAGGAGAGCCGGAUGUCUGGAGAAUGUCCCAGUGCCGUUAGCAUCUCGGUGACGGGCAACUCCACCACUGUGUGCGGAGGCGGCGCAGCUGGCUUUGGGGGUGGCAUCUCCCUGGGUGGGAGUCGGGGAGCCAGUAAGGCUGGAUUCAGCACCAAUGUGGGCUAUAGCACUGCCAAGGGAGGGCCCGCCCCUGGGGGCACCUCCAUCCUGCAGAAGACCACCACGGUCAAGACGUCCAGCCGGAGGUAUUAGCUGCUGUCUUGCAAGCCAAGGCCCCUUUAGUCCCCACUCCCUUACCCGACCUCUGCUGUCCUCCUCACCUACCUCUUUAGGAGCAGGAAUAGCCCUGGGACCACAGAUUCAGAGUAUUUGCAUAUAAUCUGCAUUUUGGGGAGGUCUCAAAUCUACCCAGCUUCUCUGGUUAUACAAUAGGAUGGGAGUGGAGGUUAAGGCCACCAGCUUGAGUGAUGUGUUUGGGUGAUUUGGGGGUGAUUUUCUGACCACUGAGAGGAAGUUGGAUUUCCCAGCUUCCCGCACCUCUUCUACUCAUCUACUCUGGGCUCAGAUCAGGCUGAGGGAGGAGGGAGAGAAGUCACGAGUGGUACCCAGAGGCACUUCAACCUCCCCAGUCUCCUACCAGACCCACCCAAUUCCUGAAUCUACCUACACCCACCUCCCCUGUCUGUACCUGUGAUGUGUCUCAAUAAAUGGCAACUGCA